AUGUCAGCAUCUCAGAAAUCAAAGUUGUGGCGCGGCGAGUCUUUCUCGGUUGGUUGCCGCCUGCAGGUGCCGGACGGUGCGCUGACUGCAGAGGACCGCGUGCUGCGCUGGCGGCCCCUGCAGUACGCCGACCUGCACGGCGCCUGGGACGUGGCCGACGCGCUCCUGGCCUCCCACUACUCGCCCGACGACCUCGCGCACACGAGGGACCGCCUCCAGAGGGCCCCGCCGCUCGCCGCGGACCUCCUGCGCGCGUUCGUGGCCAAAGGGCUCUGCAACCUGACCCGCUUCCUGGUGACGGAGGGCGGAGUGUCGCCGGAGAAGGUGACGGACGAGCCGCGGCAGCGCCGGCCGCUGCACGAGGCUGCGGAGGCCCGCGACGCACGGAUGCUGCGCGUGCUGCUGGAGGCGGGCGCCGACGUGGACCCGCGAGACUCCGGGGGCCGCACGCCGCUGCAGCUGCUGUGCACACAGGCGCACCCGGCGGGCGAAGAUGAGCGCGCUGCCGUGGGGGCGGCCGAGGUGCUGCUGGCGGGCGGGGCGCGGGUGGCGGCCGCCCUCAGCCGCGCCGGCGCCGCCCCGCUGCACGACGCCGCCGCCAAGGGCUGCGCGCCUCUGCUGCGCUGCCUCCUCACAAGGGGGCAUGGAGUGACGCCGGAGACAAUGGUGUUCCCAAACAAGAAGGGCCAGACGGCGCUGCACGUGGCAGCGGCCAGCAACCGCACGGAGGCGCUGCAGGCGCUGCUGGAGCUGGGGGCGGACCCUGAGGCCGCGGCCCGCCCACCGGACAAGACGGGAGCCACGCCACUGCACAUCGCUGCCAGACACGGGUUCGUGAAGGAGGUGCGGCUUCUGCUGGCCUUUGGCGCCUCACCCGGCGUCAGGGACCGUGCUGGACGGACCCCGCUGCACUACGCCACCACAGGCCAGUGCGUCGACGAGCUGGUGAAGGCGGGCGCCGACCCCAACCAGCCAUCCGAUGACGGGCUCACGCCGCUGUCUCUCGCCGUCGCCAACGGCUGCACCCCUAACUUGGUGGCGGCGCUGGUGCACCACGGCGCUGACGUCACAGCCGCUGACAGCGACGGCAACGCCGCCAUCUACGUGGCGGCGAGCACUGGAAGCACUCGCGCGGUAGCCAUAAUGAUGAAGAACAACAAGAAAGCUGGCGAAGAUGCACUGUGGCGCGCCGUCGAGCGGUGUGACGAGCAGGCGGCGCGGACGCUGGUGGAGGCGGGCGAUCUGCUGGAGGACGACUCGGAGCGGCUGCGGCUGCUGCACCGGGCUGCCACCUGCGGCGACGCGGGGGUCUUUGAGGUGCUGCUGUGCUACGGCUUCCCCGCCAGAGACGCAGACGCGGACGGCCGCACCGCCCUGCACGCCGCCGCCGCCGCAGGGAGCAGCGCGGUGUGCGAGCUGCUGCUGCAGUACGGGGCGGACGUGCGCGCGCGCGACGCGCAGGGCCGCCAACCUCUGCACGACGCGGCCAACGAGGGUACGGCGCAGGCGCUGCUGGGCGCCGCUGGGGUGGAGGCGGAGGCGCGCGACAGCAGGGGCCGCACGCCUCUGCACGCCGCCUGCGCCGGCGACCGCCACGACGUCGCCAGGCUGCUGCUGAGCGCUGGGUGCGACAUCGAGUCACGGGACUGCGACAGUAACACGCCGCUGCACGCCGCCGUCGACGCCAACCACGUGAGGCUGGUGCGGCUCCUGCUGGAGAACGGCGCGGACCACAGGGCCAGGAACAGCCAAGGGCAGCUCCCACUGGACUUGGCUCGCAGGCUAGGCGGCAAGGCGAGGAAGUAUGAGGCAAUAUUUGAGAAGGUUGCUGCCUCAAGGAAGAGACUUGCAGAUGCUAAGAAAUGAAAAGCAAUAUAUAAGGAAUGAUUAUGAAAUAAAGUA